AAAUCCUUGCUGUCCUGGUCCCGCCCCUGCCAGGAGGUCCUGCCGGAAGAUGGCGGCGGCCGCGGAGUUGACGCUGCUGGAGAAAUCCCUGGGGCUGAGUAAAGGGAACAAAUACAGCGCUCAGGGCGAGCGCCAGAUUCCAGUUCUUCAGACAAACAAUGGUCCAAGUCUAACAGGACUCACUACUAUAGCAGCUCAUCUUGUCAAGCAGGCCAACAAAGAAUAUUUGCUGGGGAGCACUGCAGAAGAAAAAGCAAUCGUUCAGCAGUGGUUGGAAUACAGGGUAACUCGGGUAGAUGGACACUCCAAUAAAGACGAUAUUCGCACUCUUUUGAAGGAUCUUAAUUCAUAUCUUGAAGAUAAAGUCUACCUUACAGGAUAUAACUUUACCUUAGCAGAUAUCCUGUUGUACUAUGGACUUCAUCGUUUUAUAGUUGACCUGACAGUUCAAGAAAAGGAGAAAUAUCUUAAUGUGUCUCGCUGGUUUUGUCACAUUCAGCAUUAUCCAGGGAUCAGGCAACAUCUGUCCAUUGUUGUCUUCAUCAAGAACAGACUAUAUACCACUGCCCACUAGAAGCUGUCCAUGACACACAGAAGCGUGAUCACAAAUAUUUUAAAUGGAAAGUGUAUCAUUCUGGACCAGAGAAAUAACGUAAAUGGAUACGCAGUGAUUCUUUAUUUGCUGAAGUUGGAAUAAACUUACCUCUGAAUGUUUUA